UCAAUGGCUCAAUCAAUAAUAUAAUUAAAUUCGAUAAUGUAAUAAAAUUAUCGAGUAAAAUCAAUGAACAUGUAAAGCAUAAAAAUAUACUUUUACUUGAGCCUAGAAAUAAGCUUAUAAAUGAGCUGCAAUAUAUGUUUUAUAUUGAGGAGAUUAAAUGCUUGUUAACACCAUUUCAAAAAGGAAUUGAUCGCAAAUCAAUCGAAAGAUAUUGCAAUAUAGAAAUGUCUCACUAUGAAAAGCUAUCCUCGAUACGAAAUGAGUUGGACAGAUAUAGAAAAAAACUAGAAAAAGAACAACUUUUGGAAGAAACGUGUACUUUCAUGUCAAAAUAUAUUCAAGUUCGAGAAGAUGUAUGUUACACAAAUGUAAGUGCAUCAUUGGAUACAAUCGCACAAGAAGUACGGAAUCGUCUCAGAAACAAGCAUCUGAACCAUUCGAUAUUCUCCAUGUCUGAUGAAACUUUUUCUUAUUGGAACACCAACAAUAUCAAAGAUAAUCAUUGGGAUGAAACAGAAAGUACGCAGAUUAUGGAUACAAUCCAGGAAUAUAUAUUUAGCAUCUUGAACUUUCGAGCAUGUGCCUGCCCAUUUCCACCCAAAGAUAUCAAAUGCAUUUGUAUAGAUUAUGUUUUACAAAGUAAAUCUGGUAAAGAUAUCAUUGUAUAUACAAUAUUUCAUAGCGUGGCAAGAAGACUUGGUCUACGUUGCGAUGUACUAGAUAUUAAAAAUGAAUUCUUUAUAUUUUGGAAACCAGAAUUCGUCACGAAUAAUUUAGAAAAUGCAAGAUGUUUUUACAUAAAACCCGGGUAUUUCCCGAAUUGUCUUCGUGAUUUUCUACCAAAUUACAAGUCUUGUGAAACAAAUAAUGACGUCAUCAAAAUAGAAACUAAAAAGAUGUUGGAGUCCAUAACAGAUAUAGUUAGACAAUUUAUAACGCAACAUAUAAUAAAUGCUUUGCAAUUAAUCAAAAUUAAAUGCAUUAUCCAAAAACCUUCAAUAUGAUUAAAAUGUAUUGCAAUCAUAUUAUGAUGAUAGGUAUUAUGAGCGCAAGUUAUAUACAUAUGAUGCAAAAUGUGAGUAAUUAUAUUAAUUUGAGCAUAUUCAUGUUUACUCAUAAUGACAUUUUUUGCAAACAGUUUCAAGAUAUCAUAAUAUGUCCGUGUUUUGAGUAGCAUAUGAGCCUGCAUCUGUGUCUAUUUUUGUCAUCAUGUUUUAAGAAAUAUGAGUACAAUAUGAGUAAAGUACAUACGCGCACUAACAAUCGCAUAUUAGUAUAUAAUAUAUACAUUUGUAAACAUAUUGAACAUUGUGAGAUUCUUUUAUAUAACAAUAUGUAUAAUUUACAAUUUUUUAUAAUUUAA